AUGCAUGCCACAUCAGAACACUUGGCCCUGCAUGCCACAUCAGAACACUUGGUCCUGCAUGCCACAUCAGAACACUUGGCCCUGCAUGCCACAUCAGAACACUUGGCCCUGCAUGCCACAUCAGAACACUCGGCCCUGCAUGCCACAUCAGAACACUUGGCCCUGCAUGCCACAUCAGAACACUUGGUCCUGCAUGCAACAUCAGAAUACAUGGCCCUGAAUGCCACAUCAGAACAAUUGGCCCUGCAUGCCACAUCAGAACACAUGGCCCUGCAUGCAACAUCAGAACACAUGGCCCUGCAUGCCACAUCAGAACACUUGGUCCUGCAUGCAACAUCAGAACACUUGGUCCUGCAUGCCACAUCAGAACACUUGGCCCUGCAUGCCACAUCAGAACACAUGGCCCUGCAUGCCACAUCAGAACACUUGGCCCUGCAUGCCACAUCAGAACACUUGGUCCUGCAUGCAACAUCAGAACACAUGGCCCUGCAUGCCACAUCAGAACACUUGGCCCUGCAUGCAACAUCAGAACACAUGGCCCUGCAUGCCACAUCAGAACACUUGGCCCUGCAUGCCACAUCAGAACACAUGGCCCUGCAUGCCACAUCAGAACACUUGGCCCUGCAUGCAACAUCAGAAUACAUGGCCCUGCAUGCCACAUCAGAACAAUUGGCCCUGCAUGCCACAUCAGAACACAUGGCCCUGCAUGUCACAUCAGAACACUUGGCCCUGCAUGCCACAUCAGAGCACAUGGCCCUGCAUCUCACAUCAGAACACUUGGCCCUGCAUGCCACAUCAGAGCACAUGGCCCUGCAUGUCACAUCAGAACACUUGGCCCUGCAUGUCAUAUCAAAUAAGCUCAGCUGCAUGCCAUUUCAGAACAAUUGGCCCUGCAUGCCACAUCAGAAACACUUGGCCCUGCAUGCCACAUCAGACCACUUAAUUGGCCCUACAUACCACAUCAAAUAA